CCGCCAAGCAUCUAUCCGCCACCACAGGCCUCUCCCUACUCCUGUGUAGCACUGUGGAUAUAAUCAUGUUUGUAGCCAAAAGCAUUGCUGCGGACCACAAGGAUUUAAUCCAUGAUGUCUCUUACGACUUCCACGGCCGAAGAAUGGCGACAUGCUCCAGUGACCAAAGUGUCAAGGUGUGGGAUAAAAGUGAAAAUGGAGAAUGGCACUGCACAGCAAGCUGGAAGACACACAGUGGUUCCGUGUGGAGAGUGACUUGGGCUCAUCCAGAGUUUGGACAAGUUUUGGCUUCAUGCUCAUUUGACAGAACAGCUGCCGUGUGGGAAGAGAUUGUGGGAGAGUCCAAUGACAAACAGAGAGGACAGAGCCACUGGAUAAAGAGGACCACAUUGGUAGACAGUCGAACGUCAGUGACAGAUGUGAAGUUUGCUCCUAAACACAUGGGUCUGAUGCUGACCACCUGCUCUGCUGAUGGUGUGGUGAGGAUUUAUGAAGCCCCUGAUGUCAUGAACUUGAGUCAGUGGUCACUGCAGCACGAGAUCUCCUGCAAGCUGAGCUGCAGCUGCAUCUCCUGGAAUCCCUCUAGCUCACGAGCCCAUCCUCCAAUGUUUGCUGUAGGAAGUGAUGACAGCAAUGUAGCAUAUGGUGGAAAAGUUCAGAUUUACGAAUACAACGAAAAUACAAGGAAAUACGCUAAAGCAGAAACUCUAAUGACAGUCACGGAUGCCGUUCAUGAUAUUGCUUUUGCUCCAAACUUGGGAAGGUCUUUUCAUGUUCUUGCCAUUGCGACCAAAGAUGUCAGAAUAUUUAAACUGGUGCCUUUGAGGAAGGAGAGCACAUCUUCAGGACCAACUAAAUUUGAGGUGCAGAUUGUGGCUCAGUUUGAUAACCACAACUCCCAGGUGUGGAGGGUAAGCUGGAACAUCACCAGCACUUUACUGGCUUCCUCUGGGGAUGAUGGAUGUGUGCGACUAUGGAAAGCCAACUACAUGGACAACUGGAAGUGCACAGGGAUCCUCAAAGGCGAUGGGAGUCCUCUCACUGGAUCCUCUGGUCAGCUCACAGCCAUGAGCACUAUGAUGGGCUCCUCUCUCCAGUCCCAAAGUGCCAUCAAUGGCAUGUCUGCUGGAAGGUAUUUCUUUCCUGCUCUGGAUUCUCCCAGAGUCGGGAGCAGGUAUGGGCACCUUCUGCCUCCCCCUUCUCUCAUAGAGAACUGUGAAGCUGAGCCCAUCCAGCCUCCACCACAGCCACAGGUGCAGAUCUACAGACAUCCUUCUAGGGCCCUGCUACCUCUGCCAGAGGCGGAAGGACUGUAAAUACAUUUUGAAAGUGCUUCAAAUAAAAACCUUCACAAUUUGUGUAUGUUUAGAACUACAAAUAGGUUGAUCAAUGUCUGAUAAAGUCUAAUGGUUCAUAUUUUAAACACUAGCAACUACUCUGCAAUUGUGGAUCGUA